GUAACUAUUGCUCCGAUCCCCGGCUGCGAGUACAUAUAUUCGAUCGACCGAUGAUCGGAGAGCAUGCAUGCUGUAGCAGUCUCGAGAUCGAUCGAGGUCGCGCGCGGUGGCCGACGAUCGCCGGAGACGAUGGGCUACGACGGGAGGAGGCUCGCGCUCGCGUUGGCGGUGGCGGCGUGCUGGGCGGCGGAGUCGAUCGCGUGGGGCGCGCCGCGGCCGGCGGCGCCGUGCAUGUACGUCUUCGGGGACUCGCUGGUGGACAACGGCAACAACAACGGCAUCCUGAGCCUGGCGCGCGCCAACUACCGCCCCUACGGCAUCGACUUCCGCGAGGGCCCGCCGGGGCGCUUCACCAACGGCCGCACCAUGGUCGACUUCCUCUCCGACAUGCUCGGCCUCCGCCCGCCGCUCGUCCCGCCCUACGCCACCGCGCGCCCCGCCGACCUCCCCCGCGGCGCCAACUUCGCCUCGGGCGCCUCCGGCAUCCUCGCCGAGACAGGGAACAACCUGGGCGGGCACUACCCGUUGUCGGAGCAGGUGGAGCACUUCCGCGCGGCAGUGGGCGCCAUGGGGAACGCGUCGGCGUUCCGCGGCAACGCCACGAGGCUGGCGGAGCACCUGGGGCGGUGCAUCUUCUUCGUCGGCAUGGGCAGCAACGACUACCUCAACAACUACUUCAUGCCCGGUUACUACGACACCGCGCAGCGGUACGGCCCGCGGGACUACGCCGCGCUCCUCCUCCAGGGCUACGCCGCCCAGCUCGCCGCGCUCUACGGCCUCGGCGCCCGCAAGUUCGUCGUCGCCGGCGUCGGCCAGAUCGGCUGCAUCCCCUACGAGCUCGCCAGGAUGAACAGCGACAACCAGCCGUCCGUCGGUAGUGAAGACAUCUCUAUAUCCAUUGGCAUCGGCGGCGGCGGCGGUGGCGUGUGGUCAUCGCCAACGUCGUCAAACACGAGCGGCAGCGGCGGCGGCGGCGUCAGCGGCAACGCGAAGCCGACGCCGCCCGACGGCGCCGGCGCGUGCAACGAGACGAUCAACAGCGCGAUCGCCAUCUACAACCGGGGCCUGCUGGCGAUGGUGAAGCGCUUCAACGGCCGCGGCGGUCAGCUGCGCGGGGCGCGGCUCGUCUUCCUCGACACCGUGCAGAGCGGCACGGACCUCGCCGCCAACGCCGCCGCGCACGGGUUCACGGUGCUGGACCGCGGGUGCUGCGGCGUGGGCCGGAACAACGGCCAGAUCACGUGCCUGCCGCUGCAGCGGCCCUGCGACGACCGGAGCGCCUACCUGUUCUGGGACGCCUUCCACCCCACGGAGGCGGUCAACAGGAUCUACGCCGCCAAGGCCUUCGGCUCCAACAACACCGCCGAGGUUUACCCCAUCAACGUCAGCCAGCUCGCCGCCCUAUGAAGAAUCAACUAUGAACAUGUCUCAUCGGCUCCGACGACCCCAAAUCGAUUCAUCCAAUAAUUCCGAUUUUCAUCCAUGUGUACGUGCUUGGUUCAGUGAACUAGUUUGCUGGUCCACUGAAUAUAUUGACAAAUAAUCUAGAACUGUUUUUAUGUCAAGUUGAAUUCCCAAGGUGAGUAGUGGUUUAUAAUUGGGAGGUCUCUGGACAAACCUAUUUAAUCCGGUCUAAUCUUGUAUCCAUUUUCUCUCGAAGAAGUAUUGUAAUGCCAAAAAUAUUUUUUUAUGUACACCAACUUUAUCGAAAUAAAACAAAUGAUCUUGGUCCAAAGAUUUAUCAGUCAA